AUGUGCGUGAGUUGCGCACAAACAAAUCGAGCAACCAUGGACCUCGCGACAGGGGCCAUGGGCAGCCUCCUCCUCAAGCUUGGCCGACUCCUCACGGAGGAGUACAAGCUGCAGACGGGCGUCAAGGAAGAUGUUGAGUAUCUAGAGAGAGAGCUGGAGAGCAUGCAUGCUGCCCUCCGCAAGGUUGGGGGCGUGCCGCGAGACCAGCUCGACAAGCAGGUCAAGCUCUGGGCCAACCAAGUCAGAGACUUGUCAUUUAGAAUGGAGGACGUCGUCGACAAGUUCCUGGUGCGCGUCGAGGGAGCUGAGCCUGCCAUCAAGCCACGCAAACUCAAGAAGCUCAUGAAGAAGAUGGGGAAUUUGUUCGGCAAAAGCAAGACUCGCCAUGAGAUCUCGGAUGAGAUCAAAGACAUCAAACUCCGCGUCAAGGAGGCGGCUGACCGACGUCAUAGGUACAGGGUCGACGACGUGGUUGCUAAUCCAGUUGGCGCAAUCACUGUUGACCCUCGCCUAUUGGAUUUGUACAAGGACCAGAAAGAGCUCGUUGGUAUUGAUGAUUCAUUGAAUGAGCUAACCAAGAUGAUGAGUGACGGGGAUGGUGAUGUGUCCAAGCAACUCAAGAUACUCUCUAUUUUUGGAUUCGGAGGACUUGGCAAGACAACUAUUGCCAAAGCAGUGUAUGAUAAGCUUAAAGCGCAGUUUGAUUGUUGUGCUUUUGUUCUGGUAGGACGGAACCCUAGUGUGAAGAAACUUCUCAAUGGCAUACUCCUUGAAAUUUCUGGGCAAAAAUACUUGGAGUUGGAUGAAAGGCAGCUAAUCAACAAACUCCGAGGAUUGCAAAAUAUGUGUACUUGA